AUGCCUUCAACCAUGCGCUCCCGCGUCGCACAGGCUCUCCAGUAUGCGCUGAAGAUCUUCAACUACUUCUUCACGGCCGUGUUCAUCCUGGAAGCCGCCAUGAAGCUGGUUGCCCUGGGCGCGCUGCUGUACUUCCGCGACCGCUGGAACCAGCUGGACGUGAUGAUCGUGGUGCUGUCGGUCGUGGGCAUUGUGCUGGAGGAGGUGCAGAGCAAGAUCAUUCCCAUCAACCCUACCAUCAUACGCGUAAUGCGAGUGCUGCGAAUAGCGAGAGGCGCUGCCCUCAAGGUGGGCAACCUGGGGUCUGCUCUUCCUCUUACUUCUUCUCAUCUUUCGCGGCCGCUGGGAGUGGAGCUGUUCGCCGUCUGGGUUGAGUCCACGACUUGA